CGCAUCGACACGCGGUGUUUCCCGCGUUCAGAGAAAAACGUCCAUCUUUAAUCGACGCGUCCGAUUCAGGACGCAUUUUUGCAUCGACAAGAAAAUAAACGAUUGUGAUUAUUGGAAGAUCGUUAGUGAUAGAUUUUAAUAUACAGCAAGUUUGAAGGAUGAUGAACUAGUUUCGGGGUGAUCGCGAUCGAUGAAGAAUUCUAAGUUAAAAAUUAGUGAAGUGUCGAGAUAAGAGGAGAGACUUUUGUGAAGAUUCUGAUACCGAUUCGACGAUUCAUAGGCAGCAGCUACGACUAUGGUGGUUCUGAGUCGCGUUGGGUCGCCGACGAUGUCAGCAACUGUUGCCGGCAACCAGCAACAGCAUCACCCUCAUCAAGAAUGGGACAUCAACGACUCGAACGUUCCAAGAGUGGUAGAAUACGAUCCUUGGUGCGAAUGGGCAGACGGUCACGUAAGAAGGGUCUAUGGACCGGAUUGCGAAGAAGCGAGGAGACACGCUUCGGGAUGGGCGAUGAGAAAUACGAAUAAUCACAACGUGAGCAUCCUCAAGAAAUCCUGCCUAGGUGUGCUAGUCUGUACUCAAGAAUGUGUACUACCCGGUGGUGGCAGAGUUCACCUUCGGCCAGCGAUAUGCGAUAAAGCGAGGAAAAAGCAGCAAGGAAAACCGUGCCCGAACAGACAAUGCACGGGUCGAUUGGAGAUACUUUCUUGCCGUGGGCAUUGCGGUUAUCCCGUGACGCAUUUCUGGCGACAUACGGAGCAUGCUAUAUUCUUUCAAGCCAAAGGACAACACGACCAUCCGCGACCGGAAGCGAAAUCUACGUCCGAAGCAAGGAGAAGCGUGGGUGCUGGCAGAAGGGUGCGUGGUUUAGCGGUGCUCCUCGCGAGCGAGGCUGCUUUAGGCACCAAAUUAAUGUCACUACGAGGGACGAAAAGACCGAAUUCGGAAGCAAUCGAACAACCGCCAAGGACGACGCAACCACCGCCGUUAAUACCUGACAAAGGAUACUCCUGCUCGUGUUCGCCAUUCGAAUGCACAUGCGGUAUGCAGUCAAGCGUCUCGACUUAUCAGCAGUCUCAUCAUCCUCAGACGAGCAUGUAUACCCAACAGACUCCGCUGAACGACACCCCCUACUGGCUCCAGGACACCGUGCCUCAAGAAAACACUCUGGGGUACAAUCUAGCCAAUCAGGUGCCCCAAGAAGCUACCUAUCCCGAUUUCCCACCGUUCACCGGCGAACUGCUCCAGCCGGAGGAAAUCUUUCAGCUGGAUCAACCGCUGAGACCGGAAUUCACGAUGAAUUCUCAGGAAGUGGCCAGAUCGCCGCCGACCCUGCUGGAUCUCGGAAGCGGUACCAUCAAAUAUGAGAUGAAGCAACACCAGGACCAUGGUUAUUGGAACCAGUUCCUCAACGAGGACUCCAGCAGUAGUCACUUGAGCAUUCCUCAAGAUGAGAGGCUCAAUUUUCCUGGUUUCGAGACGGACAAAGAUUCAAACGGGUUCUGCGCCAAACGAACGAACAUGAAUCACUUCGUCUCAGACAAAGAAAUAAAUCAUCCUUUGAGCAAUCAUCCGUUGAACUUCCAAGAUUAUCAACGGAACCAGAAUCAUAAGAGUUUCGUAGAGGGAACGGUGAAGAGCGAUCAUGAGGCGAAUUAUUGGGCACAGAGUCAACCGGACGAUCGGCUGAACUUCCCGGGUUUCGAUCCUCAGAAGGAAGACGAUCUCUUGAAUUCCAGGAGAGAGGUACACUGUUUUCCAAAAGAAAAUUGCCAGCCAGGAUUGAUGGACAGAGGAAAUUACGUCUACGGGAAGAAAGAAAACGGAAUGGUCGAUUCGGUUCCCGCUCGUCCUAGUCGCAGUCCAAUGGAGAACAAACAUUAUUCCUACGACGGAUAUAAUCAGUUGUUCGAACACUCGAACGCGAAGAGUCAUUUAACCAACCGAACGCCUCAUCAGAAUACUAAUCGCAUGAUCCUCGACGAGAGACUGCAAAAUAAUUACGGGCACGAGGUAAACCCGGACAGCGACAGACUAUUCCCGGACGCGAACGGCUUAGACACGUCGAUGCAGUCGCAGAAUAGUCCGGAACCUUUCUUCUACCCAAGCAACGAUCGCUGCCAUUACACUUGCGAGGUGUUAGACACGCGGAUCCCCCAGAUGACUGCUAAUACCGGAGCGUCGCAAACGGGGAUUAAUAACUACGAAGUGACUGAACUCGAUAUACCGUCGUUCGUUGAUUACACGCUCGUAGGCAUGCUCUGCUCGGCGGACGAGGACACGUCGAACUUACUGCCCGGUUGUCCUCAAAACGCGCAGAGCUACGUUCCUCAUCAUUAAAUCAUCACUGUCUGCGAUGAAUAUCUUUGUUUGUAUUAUAGUUAUGAAAUAUACGAUAGUUGCACCUUCGGACUCGUUGGAUAAUCGUCAACUUUUGUUUACCAGUCCUACCCUGUCGAGUAUCUUUCCUGUCGAUAUUAUUACUGUAUAUUAUAAGGGUGAUUGCGAUUCGAAGUG